CCAAGCCCUAUAUCAGACGGCGAUUGCUCUACGAACGGUGCCCCUCCAUCCUGAGAUCAUGAUCUUCGUCGCCAACUUCAGCUCCAUUCUCCCAACGCAAGCCGCAACAAACCACCGAUCAUGGCCCCCGCGAAUUGGCUGUAGCUUUCAUAAACACCUGACGACACCACCAGCACACCGCCGUAGUAUACCCAAUCCAAAGUCACGAUUGCAGCCCAACCCACUAGACGUAUCAAGGUGAUCCUUGUUAGUCACUCGUGCCAGAUGUAUAAUUGCUUUUUGUGCAUUCUCCGGAGACAGACUGACGAGCAUUUCUUAGAAUUGUAGUCCCGAAAUGGCAACAGGCUACAGAUCUCCUAUAGCCGUGAUCCAAGAAAUAUCCGAAGAUGAAAAAGGGCACUUAAAAUCCCAAGACGAAGGCUCGGCUCAAGAACGGUCACACCGUCGUGUGAAGGCUGCACACCAACCGAAAAUGCCGAUGACCAAGGCCAACAUCAGCAAGGAGAGGGAACGCGAGAGAGAAAGAUCCAAGAGAUAUCAUAGGUCUCCCAUUGGCAUCAUUGGCGGGACUCGCCAUCCUUCGAGCCGAAAAACCAAGAAUAUAAGCGCAAAAAGGGAGAGCGUAGGAAAGGAGAGGCAGAGUGAGCAUGAGCAUCGUUCACGGCACCGUCGUUCUCAUUCCAGCCGCAGUCGGGACAUAAGCUCGUCCUCCUCGUCCUCGUCAUCUUCUUCUGAGGUUGAAGAACCAGCGCAAGGCCACAGGUUGUUAUUGUCGUCCGCAAGGGCAAAAUUGACCUCGCCCUCGACUAUUUCAAAUCUUACUUCAUUGACGAAUACAACCAACAAGUCCAGUAGCUCAAGUGGUAGCAAUUCCACUGUCACACAGUCAUCUAUCACCAAAAGGCCUGCUGUAGAAAAGAAGCCAGAACUGCUCGAGGCACCAAGGUCACCCGCUGUUCCUGAUGCUCCGAAUGUAUUCGCAUACUUGGACCCGGAAGGUUCGGUAGCUGGCUCUAGGGACGAAGAAGAAGGCAGUGUGCUGGACGCGGCACUCGCACGGAAACCAGGGCAGCUCACUAGGACGAUAACAGAGUCAUCCCUACCAACACGCAUGCUACAAUCGCAUGUUGGCAGUUCCUCAUCUGCGUCUAGCUUUCACGGCGACGAUAAUUCCUCUGAAGCGGCACAUGAUGAAGAUACAGACCGCAGUACAAGUCCCGAAAGAAGUAUGGAUGGUGAAGAAGGAGAGUACGAGGAAGAGGAGGAUGAACGAGAUGAUCUGGAAGUGGAACCAACACCAAUUGAUGAUACCUCAGCCAAAAUUGCUUCUCAGAUGGCGGCGGCGCAGCAAAGACAAAAUUACCAUGAGCAAAUGUAUAAUUUUGGGACACCAAAUAUGCAGAUGGGAUUCGCGAACUUACCGCAUAUUCCGCAUACUCCGCAUAUUCCGUCUACGGCACUCAGUGCUCGACCACAACAAAAGAUAAAACAGCAACCCCUUCUACGAGCAGAAAAAGUACCGAUGACCGGCUACGAACUACUUGCAUCGCGGCUUUCGUCUCGCGCGACGCCUUCGGCGACUGAACGUGGAGAGAAGAUCAAGCCAAUUUACAGAAAAUUUGAGGCUCUUAAUCAUCGUUUGUUGUUACACUUGCAGGAUGAGCUAAGUGAGCUUGAGGAACAGCUCCAACGGCUAGAUCACAAUGACACCCAGUCACGGAGAACUGAAACCCAUAUUAUACCUGCUUCUAGAAGACAAUCCGAGGCUGCUGGUGGAGAACUCCAAUGGCAUAAAACGGAUAUUCUCGGAAAGAUUGGGUUCAAAUUAGCUCAGUAUAGUAAGUUUUUACCUCAACAUCCACUUCCAUGAACUAAUGAAGCCCAUAGAUCAAGCACUUGCUUCCUUCAAUUCAACUCGUUCUCUUGCUGCUGCAAACCACGAGGAUGUAACUUCAUAUCGCACAUAUCUGCAAAAUGUACGUCCCAUCACGGAAUGUGAGACGCACUUCCUUGAUCCAGAGGAUGACCUUGUCACCAUAUUUUCCGAGCAAAGUUCCGCACUUUCAUCGUUAUCCUUAUCUUACGAUACCUCUGAGAACACUCCUUCCGUUGCCCCAUCUUCCUCUACUGCUCUAUCGACAUCAAGAGAUUCAUCAUUCUCUUCAUAUGCACCUUCAAUUUCAGUCGAGCCAAAACCAACAAUUGCUCCCCAUACUGCGGAUGUGGAAAAGGAGUACACGCCACAACCUGCCAUCCAAGCAUUUGCAGGCGCAUUGGCAGUCUCGAUUCUCGUCCCUAUCCUAACAUUUCCCGUUAUUCCUGGACUUCUUGGUCGGAUCAUGGCCACGAGUCUUGUGGUAGGCGGCGUCCUUACUGUCUUAAUGCAAGGUGGCAUGCUUGAGCGAAGUAUGCUGUUGAAGAAUGAGGGGAUAAUGUGUGCGGGUAUUUACGGAGGUGUAAUGAUUAUCGUAGCUGGGUUGUUUUGAGUAUAGAAAGGGAUUCAUGAUGACGCAUGGGGAAAUUGGAUAGAUGGCUUUUUUGGAUCUCACGAAGGAUAUUUUGAGCGACCUUUUCAUGGAUCUUUUUUGCAGCUCGGAUAGUACGGGGAUAUUGGAUGCGAGAUAUAUAUUAUACCCUUUUGUUUUCUUUGUGGUUUUCAUGAUAUUUUCUUGUGUACAGUACUUAUAUAAUAUGACUCCUUACAAUACUAC